AUGGCACGGCGAGGCGCGUCUGCUGCGGCACCUGGAGCAGUGCUCGCCCGCGCAGAUAGAAAGGGAGAGGAUAGGGAGAUGGGAGUGGCGGAGACGGAUUGGGAGGAGCUUCAGAGGCGGCGGCGGCAGAUUGGGACGAGAUCCAGAGCUCUGCGGCAUCGUCCCGGUCCCAGCGACCUGAGCCUAUGCCUGGGCGUCCUCGCCGUCCACCACGACUGGCUCCACCAAGGACAAUGA